AUGUCGGAAUUUAAAGCUUUACAAAAUGCUCUUAUAAGUUUAAGUGAAAGUGUCGACGAUUUUUCUGUCGGAGCUGUUUCGUUAGAUGAUUUCAAGCCUAUUGAAGAAAAAAUUAGAGACAAGCGAAAAGCAUUGAAACGUCUGAAUUCUAGGAUAUUAAUGCUUAAAGCACAAAAUGAAUACCAAACAACAAGUGAAGAAGCAAAGGAAGAUGUAAAAACAACUGUAGAAAAUUUACAUGAAGCAACUGCAAAUUCUCUUAUAAAUGAUGCAGCAAUUAAAUUGUGCCUUCAUUCUUACACUAUAGAAGCUAUUUUAGAAGGCAAACAGGGUGAUUAUGAUAUGCAAAAGAAAAUUUUUGCCUGCAUGCGUAAAUUAUAUUAUUUUAAUGACAAAGUUUUAUCAUUGGCAAAUAAAAUAGAAGAUGCAGUAAAGGAACAACUGGAAUUAAAAAUUCAAUGUCAAAAAGCACUAUUUGAUUAUCAAAUCUUUUUAAAGGAGCAAGAGAAGAUACGUAGCAAAAAAUUAGAAGAAAUGAAUCCUACGGUAGCAAGAAAUAAAGCAAAAAUGAACAGAUAUAUAGAAAGGAUAAAUAUAGUUAAAAAACUCAUUACAAAUUUUAUUGCUACUUCCCAUCAUAUGCUAUCAGAGGAACCAGAUCUAGUAAAAAUGUUAGAAAAUCAUAGAGAGACCUUGAAUAUGGAAACAAUAUUAAAACAGUUUAAAGAUACUGUAGAAGCUAGAGAGCAACAUGAAAAUAACGAAACUGAAUGA